GAACCUGCCACCAAUUAUGGAAUCCAUAAAGUUAAGUCCUCUCAUAUAUCCACCCAUAAUCUCUUUCAGUCAUCAUCUGAAGCAUCUGUUAUUUCGCAUUUCCUCUGCGAACCCUUCCGUGUUUUGCAAUUCUUGUUCCCUUGCAUUUCCUGGCACAUAAACUUCCACUGUCCCUUUAGCUUCACGACUCCACGGCUCCACGACCUCCGUCUGCUCGAAUGACGACUUUGUCUAUACCUCCUAAGGCUUUCCUUAGCGGUGCCAUGAACAUGUCGACCAAGAUGAUGGAAGUAGACCUUACCUCCAUUCCGACAACUACCGAAGACCCUCCACCACCGUACAAGACUGAAACCCCCCUCAACGACAACCCCGGCUUCUGCGAAUUCGCCUUCCACGAACGGCAAGCGAACAGCGUUCCCGGCGGCGGGAUGAUAGCACGACAAUACUUCUCCCCCUGCAAAUCGUGCUCUUACCUCUGCGGUGACGAAAUACCUACCUCAUACAGGAAGAACUGGCCAGAGUGGGUGGAUCCAUCUGUGAACUUCCGAUGGGAGUCGCAUGUUGCGUCGAAAGAACCAAUGUUAGGUGGACUACAUGGGGAAUUACUCGGGUGCUGGAUUUGCUGGGAGUAUGACCAGAAUUGGGUCAAGCCGAUGGUGCCGGAGGACUGGUACGCGCAUAUGAGACAACAUUUUAAGGUCGAUGGGUAUAGGGUCUGCAAAGGGAAGACGGGAGCGAUGCAGAGGAGGCGGAAUUGUGGGUUGAGGCACUGUCCGAAGAUCCAUUCUUGAAAGGAGAUGGAGAUUUGAGAGCGAAACAUACCACCAGGAGUCCGGUCGUUCAGAAGAUUACACACUGCGUAAUGCUAUUCGAGUUGGGGAAUCUUGAAUUUGUGUUCGCAUCUCUAUAUUGUCAGAUUUCUUUGCCUCUUGGGCUGGUAGUCUCCCAACCGUUGCGAGAAAUUGGAACAGAGCCUUCGUUCGUGCUCAAUGUGAACGCACCUGCGUGUAAAUGUUGUAUUGGGUCUUGAUCCCCGCGUUUUAUGCAAGUUUGGUGCGGUACUCAGUCUCUGGCCGCGAUUGAGGUAUAGCUUCAAGUAAGCAGGGAAGUUAACGUGCCAAUUACUUAUAAAAGAAAACCCCUUGGAUUUCCC